UUUAUUUAUUUCACCUUUAUCCACAGUUGUCAUGGUAGAGAUAACACGUCAACUUGGGGUGGGGUCAUGGGAUAGCACAAGGGGUAUAUAAGUCUUGCCUCUGUCUUCUUCUUGUGCUGGUCCAUACUGUCUCUUCCCUGACUGUCUUCUGCCCUGGUUUCCUGUUUAGCUCACAGUGGAGCAUCUCCAUCUGACCUCCAUUCACUAAAAAAGUAUUGAAAAGAAAACCAACUGGACCAGAUGCCACAACAAAGGCUGGAGAGCUUUCCUCCCACCUGUCUAAGCCUCUUAGUCCUGUAAGUCUGUGUGGCUGCCUCUGCUCUUAUCACUGGCCAUCUAAUCCUUCUCUGGAAAAGGUUAGCUCCUCUGUGGACCUCUGCUUUGUUAGCGUGCCAGGACGACCCCACAACCUUUGAGGUGAUGGAUGAGCUUCUGUUACCGAGGGGUGAAGAGGAAGUGCGCUCGGACCAGAGUUCUUUCGCUCCAGGGGGCACAGAGAGGAAAAUGGGAGAGCGGAUCAAGUCCUUCUUCGUGGAUUCAGUGACGGGAGACCUGGUGAGGCGCGUGAGGGAUUUCUGCAAGAGGAACGGGCUGCUGACGCUGUCUGUGGUGGCUGUGAUCACCGGCUGCACGCUGGGCUUCACGCUGAGAGGAACCCAGCUGUCCUCACAGGCCAAAAUCUACUUCUCCUUUCCUGGAGAGCUGCUGAUGAGGAUGUUGAAGAUGCUCAUCCUUCCUCUCAUCACAUCCAGUUUGAUGUCGGGGUUGUCGUCUAUGGAGUCAAAGGCUUGCUGCAGGAUGGGUGUCCUCACCGUCACCUACUACCUGUGGACCACCUUCAUAGCCGUGGUAGUUGGCAUCAUACUCGUCAUCAUCAUCAAACCCGGCGUGGGGACAGAGAUGGAUAGCAACCGGCUGGGCGGCGGCCCUGUGAUGACGUCAGCCGACGCCCUGCUUGACCUGAUCAGAAACAUGGUUCCCUCUAACUUGAUCGAAGCCACAUUCCAGCAGUACAAAACCGACCUGAUCCCCAUCCUCAAAGUCCCGACCAGAACCAUCACACCCAAUUUUGUCUACAUUAUCCCUGACGACAGCAACCCCAACGGGCGCACGGUGUACCUGGAGCUAACUCCUCCCCCAGAGGUCAUGUAUAAGACGAGUCCCGGCACCAGCCAGCAGAUGAACGUACUCGGCAUCGUCAUCUUCUCUGCCACCAUGGGUCUGCUGCUGGGCAGGAUGGGUGAGCGUGGAGCCCCUCUGGUCAAUGUGUGUCAGUGCAUCAAUGAGUGCGUGAUGAAGAUCAUCAACGCUGCUGUGUGGUACUUCCCUUUUGGGAUAAUCUUCCUGGUAGCUGGGAAGAUUCUGGACAUGCAGGACCCGAGCACCCUUGGGAGGAAGCUGGGGUGGUACGGCCUCACCGUGCUGGCCGGCCUCUUUGUCCACGGCCUCAUCCUCCUUCCUCUGUUCUACUUCCUCCUCACCAGGAAGAACCCCUUCACCUACAUCCGCGGGCUGCUGCAGGCCAUGGUGAUCGCUCUGGCCACUUCCUCCAGCUCUGCCACACUUCCCAUCACCAUGAAGUGUCUGUUGGAAAACUGCCAUGUUGACCGGCAGAUUGCUCGUUUUGUUCUUCCUGUUGGAGCAACAAUCAACAUGGACGGAACAGCUCUGUAUGAGGCUGUGGCGGCCAUCUUCAUUGCUCAGGUUAAUGACUAUGAGCUGGACUUUGGGCAGCUGGUCACCAUUAGCAUCACAGCUACGGCAGCCAGCAUUGGUGCAGCUGGGAUCCCCCAGGCUGGCCUGGUUACCAUGGUGAUUGUGCUCACCUCGGUGGGUCUGCCACCCGAUGACAUCACUCUUAUCGUGGCCAUCGACUGGAUCCUGGACAGAUUUCGCACCAUGAUCAAUGUCCUCGGAGACGCUCUGGCAGCGGGAAUCAUUGGGCAUCUUUGCCGGAAGGACUUUCCUCUGAGUGGGACAGGAAAGCCUGUGCCAUCAUAUGGGACGCAAACUCCACACAACAACUCCCACAGCAUGGACGUGCCUUUGACCGAGAUCCACACGCACAAAGACUGCAUGUUUGAAAUGACAGGCGACUCCAUGGGCCAGGGUCAUGCACACACCGUCUACUACAACAUCUGUCAGGUGUGAGGGCCUGGAGACUCAGCAAACCCUGGCAGAGUUCUGAUAGGACUCAUUGUGCCAACAGAACUGGACUCCUUUGAGCCAGGCAUCGUGGUUCUGCCAGGGCGUUUGGGCUCAGAGGUGGAAGCAGACUAGUAUAUCAGAGGAUUAUCUGAAAGUGAUGCAAAAUCCUGCAGGAACAGGAUGCUGCUGAUUUGACCCAAGGAGAAUGGGCAUGUUCUUUACCCUUGUCACACACCUAAUACACUGAAGGAAAGUCUGUCACAAACAAGAUCGGGAUUGAGGAACUGAAGAACUGUCAUUCAACCCCCUAAAACAGUCCUUACCAUUUCUGUUAGUGUGAUGGCCUCCAUCCAGCAAGCCUUUUUCUUCAUCCACAGAGAAGAAACUACACUUUCCAUCUGCCUAUAGGAGUCUGGCUUCCUUUUUUCAAAAGGAAAAGGUGAAGAAAGAGUCCAAACAUUUCUCAUACAAGGGACAAAGAUCAUUUUUUUGCAUUUGAAAAGUCAGGAUUUUCUGUAAAAUGAAGAUAUCUGACGUGUUCUUGGACUUGUGGACCAAGUGGCGAUUCAUUUUUCAGACUGGAAGAGAAGUUCCAGCAGGAUUCACCUCUGUCUGAGUUUGCAGGAAACCAGAACCUCUAAGUACCAAACCACGGACUCUAAACAUGUCCUCCUUUUACUGGCUUUUCUCCUCUGAUAGAAACAGGGUCCUGAUCCAGGAUCUGAAUCAUUGUAGAGUCAGACCUCAAGACCAGGACAGGUUUCUUCGUAGAACCUUGGAGUCAACUGACCUGAUCGGUCAUUUCUGGACCCACAUGAAGGGUUAAAGUAAUGAAUGAAACCAAGUGCUCUUCAUCUCGCAGACUGGACCCUUCUCGUCCUCUGCAUGCAGGCAUGCGCUCUGACUGGCUUCAUUUGAAGCCGAUGUGCAUUAUCUAUCCUCUUGUUCUUGUUUUCACCCGAAAGAUUCAAAAUAUACAAUGUGCAGUAACAUUUGUGAGAAUUUCAACAGUUUGUUGUAGCCAACUUUGACUUCUGCCUCUUUUUGGCCAAAAUAACAUUCACAGUGGCUGCUGUUGAGUGGGCGUGGCUUAACACUAAUUCAGAACAGUUUUCCUCUGCUGCUACUGUAAAGAAGGGCACUUACAUCAAACAAUUGCAGUUGAUACUCAUUUACUUUACAAAUGGACAUAGGAAUAAGUGCUGAUGAUCAUAA